ACAAAAGUAAUAAGGAACAAACACGUCGAGACCAUCACAAGCACCGGUAAGGUAGUUGAAACCUCCGCCCAUUUCGAUGUUCUCGAGGGAACCCAACGUCACAUAAUACCCUUAACAGUCCCUUUUCUCUUCUUCCUCCUUCCUCCAUUCUCCAUUUCCUUCUCCUUCAACCCCUCUCUCUCUCUCUCUCUCACCCAGACUCGUAAGAGGUUGACUGCUUGUUGGCAGCCAUGUCUCACCUUCUCCAAACUUCAUUUCUGCCCUCCUCUCCCUCUUUACGGAGGAACCCUAACGCCUCCGUGCCGCAAUUCCACAUUCCAGGUCACCGGGGCAGGACGUCAGCAUGUCCAAUUCGGGCCAAGAUCCGGGAGAUCUUUAUGCCGGCGCUUAGCUCCACCAUGACAGAGGGUAAGAUCGUCUCCUGGAUCAAGUCGGAGGGCGACAAACUCUCGAAGGGCGAGAGUGUGGUGGUUGUCGAGUCCGACAAGGCUGACAUGGACGUUGAGACCUUCCACGACGGGUUUCUUGCCGCCAUCAUGGUGGAGGAAGGUGGCGUUGCCCCCGUCGGAUCCGCCAUUGCACUCUUGGCCGAGACUGAAGAUGAGAUCGCCCUCGCGAGAUCGAAGGCCAACACUAACAAUUCCACUUCCACAGCUUCUGCACCCGAUCCUGCUGUUGUCACUGUCUCUUCUGCUACAACAACUGUUACUAAAGAGGAGAAAUUUGUCGGACCCAAAACUCCAGUGGCAGUGGCGGCAUCCGCUGUGCACCCUGCAUCCGAAGGAGGGAAGAGGAUAGUGGCGUCACCAUACGCAAAGAAGCUGGCUAAGGAGUUGAAAAUGGAGCUUGCGGGUAUAGUUGGGAGUGGGCCCAUGGGAAGGAUUGUGGCUAAGGAUGUUGAGGCGGCCGCUGUUGCGGCAGCUGAAGUGGUGCCGGCGGCGGCGCUGAACACAGCAACUACGGCGGCUGCACCGGGAAUUGAAUUGGGGACAGUUGUGCCCUUCACCACAAUGCAGGCGGCUGUGAGCAGAAAUAUGGUAGAGAGUUUGGCUGUCCCGACUUUUAGAAUUGGGUGCACUAUUACAACGGAUGCGCUCGAUGCCCUAUACAAAAAGAUCAAGUCCAAGGGGGUAACAAUGACGGCAUUACUCGCAAAGGCAACGGCGCUUGCACUAGUUAAACAUCAUGUUGUAAACUCUUCCUGCAGAGAUGGUAACAGUUUUACAUAUAACAGUAGCAUCAACAUCGCGGUUGCUGUGGCAAUGGAUGGUGGACUAAUUACACCAGUGCUUCAGGAUGCUGAUAAGGUUGAUAUAUAUUCAUUGUCAAGAAAAUGGAAAGAGUUAGUUGACAAGGCCAGAGCAAAGCAGCUGCAACCUCAUGAGUACAAUACAGGAACAUUCACUCUUUCUAACCUUGGGAUGUUUGGUGUGGACCGAUUUGAUGCCAUUUUGCCACCUGGAACCGGAGCAAUUAUGGCUGUUGGAGCAUCUCAGCCUACUGUAGUUGCUAGCAAGGAUGGCCGGAUUGGCAUGAAGAACCAGAUGCAGGUAAACGUUACAGCAGAUCAUCGUGUCAUCUAUGGCGCUGAUCUUGCUCAGUUCUUGCAAACCUUGGCGAAGAUUAUUGAGGACCCCAAAGAUCUCACAUUCUAAUCUUUACAUCCUUAUAACCAAUUGAGAUCUUUUUGCUUGUACCGUGGCCAAAGCUUACUUCUUUAUCCAACCAGUCCUUAUUGGAGCAGACUUGUGAGGAAAAUCAAUGGAGCUGUUUGCUACCCAUUCAAAAUUCUAGAGAAAAACAGAAUCAGAAUUUUGGGCAGCAGUAUUUAUUUGAGUUAUGAUUUCUUCUAGUGAUCUGCCUGUUUUUUUGUUGUCUUUUUUGUUCUUUUUUUCUUUUAUUUAACAGGAUAAUAGAAGCUGACUGUAAACUUUUGUGUUAUCAAUCAAAUUUUGGUUCAAGUGUUGUUUUAUUAAUAA